ACAAAUUGCCACAAAUUUAGUGUUUUAAAACAACACAGAUUUAUUACCAUACUGUUCUGUGUGUUAAAAGUCCAACACAGGUUUCACUGGACCAAAAUCCAGAGGUGCAUUCUAUGAAGGCUUCAGGGAAGAAUCUGUUUUUAUGCCUUCUCCUGCUUCCAGGGGCCACCUGCAUUCCUUGACUUGUGACCCCUUUCUCCAUCUUUAAGCCAGCAAUGGCAAAUCAAGUGCUCCUCACAUCACAUUACUCUGACCCUGCAUCUUUCAUCAUAUCUUUCUCUGACUGAAUUCUUCUGCCUCCUUCCUUUAAAGACCUGUGUGAUUGUAUCAGCUCACCUGGCUGAUCUAAGGUAGCCUCUCCAUCUUAAGGUCAGCUGAUUAGCAACCUUAAUUCCAUCCGCAGCCUUAAUUCUCUUUUGCUGCGUAACAUAAUACAUUCUCAGGCUCAAGGAGUUAGAACACAGACAUGUUUGGGAAGAGUUGGGGGGCAGGCAUUAUUCUGCCUGCCACAGAAGGGGAACUCACUUGCGCUUAAUCUGUCACCUUUGCUUCAGAGAAGAGGCAACAGAAACCCAGAAAAAGCACCCAGCCUCCAUCUCUUAAAUCCAGGGCUCUCUGGAUUUAGUGAACUGAAAGCUCUUUGUAAAGCACCCAACACGGCAUCCACAGUCACAGUCUGUGGGGCAGGGAGCUGUAGAGCAACCCUGGGGCAGGAUGCAGAAGUCCAGAGAAGGUAAGUCUUCCAGCAUCAGGAUAGGCAGGAACCCCACUCAAGGCAGGCAGAAUUUGACUUGGGAGAAAAAAUCAAAAACAUCAUACCAUGGAUAAGAAAGACAGCAGGGCAGAUCAUUUCCAGCUGGGAGAAAAGCAGGAACCCAGGUGGGGUGGGAUAAAUGAACAUGGAGUAUACAGGGAAGUGUGGAAGCUUCUCUCUUUGCUUGGCUGAGCAUAGGUGCUAUUUUGAGUUUGAAGGGAGAAUGAUUUUUGUAGGACCUCUGUGAUACCGAAUGUGCGAAAUUUGGGUUGGGUGCUGGGGAGCCAGGUUAGGCUCUUGAGUAGGUUAGUGAUUCAGCAGGCCUAGGGUACUCAAUCCCACAGUUUGGUAGUGAUAAUAAGAAGAGGAGAAACAAGAGACAGGCCAGUUGAGAAGGUAUGACCUGCAGAUGGCCUGUAACAGAGAGUUCUGUAAGAUCAAAUUACUGCCCCAUCUUCUUCAAGAAACCCUGCUAGACUAGCCUAAACUACAGUGAUUUCUCUCUCCUCGUGAAUUUUUAUUAUACCUUGAAGCUUAGAGAUGUUAAGUAAUUUUCCCCAGAUAAAAUGGUGGAGCCCAAGACCAAGCAUCUGUAAAAUAAGAAUAAUGGUUUCUACCUAGGGUUGUGAAAUAAAUUGAGUUAAUCCAUAUACACGUAGUGUAAGUGCUCAAGGAAUGAUAGCUAUUGAUAUUAGUGUAUGAUACUGCUCACAAUUACCUAACAGAAAUUAUAAAAGCAUUUUGUGGUUUAGGACCUAUUUCAUGUGUCAAGCUGGUUUAUUCAUUCAACAAAUAUUUAUUCAGCACUAACUACAUGACAGGCACUGUUCUAGGUGCUAAGGAUAUAGCAGUGCUUAAGCCAACGUGGCUCUUCCCAUUCAGACUCUAGCUGGUAAGACAGACUUGCAACGUGAACAAAUAAAUACUGAUAGGUGAGCAAAGAGCCUGCCAUUGACCACUCAAGUUCCAUACCUGUAUGUAUAGCUUUGGCAAAAAUCUCAGGUUUCUUGCUAGAGUAGUGACUUCAUCAGUAUGGGUUUGAUAAUCAUUAGAUGUGCUUUAUUUUUUGUUUUGGUUUGGUUUUCUUGUAAAGGAUGUUGUUUCAUCUCUGUUUCUAACAAGCACUGACAUCUCUGUUUCUAACAAGCACUGAAGGCUGAGGAGAGUGUCGUGGUAUCUUGAUGAAUCAUGUAAAUAAUAACUGUAUUAGUGUUGGAUAAGUGGGCAGGAGUUCAAAGGGUGUGGGGAAAGUACUGCUGUUUCCCUUAUAUUUUAAACUUCAGUGUGCAACACAAGAAAACAAAUCGUGCUUAUAGUUGCACAUAUAGGGCUUCUUGUAUAUUACCUUUUCUGCACCUUCAAUUAUAUAAAUGAGCAUAUUAACAUACCAGAGAAUGGGACUGGAGACAUUUCUGGCCUUAUUUAGGACACUGAAACACCACACUUUAUGUGACCUUACCCAAGUUUAAGAGACACAAUUCUGAGUUGGAGAGCAUGUUGAGCUGGAGUGGAAUGAACUGGUGGAGCAAACCCUUAGGAGAGUCAGAGAUGACCAAAUGAAUGAAAACUGAAAACACCUGACUUCCACUCGCUUAGAUAUCCCCAGAUGUCCUUUCUGUGGUAUGAGUCAUGUUGCCCAGUCAAAACUUCAGUUGAGAAGGCCAGUGCUUAUUAAAUAAGGUUAAUACAGGAUUCAAAGGAAGUUGUUUAUUUAGUCACUGUCCUUUUUACUGGUCUGUCUGUUCUUGUGUUACCUUUUUCUCUUAUUUGUUUUUCUUUUCCUCUUCCCAAGCCUUCACUACCUCUCCCUGGUUUUACUUGUUCUGAGGAGGUUGUAAGAAGGAACCAUGGAUCCUGCAGCUUUGGUGGAAGCCAUUGUGGAAGAAGUGGCUUGUCCCAUCUGCAUGACCUUCCUGAAGGAGCCUGUGAACAUCGACUGUGGUCACAGUUUCUGCCACAGCUGUCUCUCUGGACUCUGGGAGGUCCCAGGAGAAUCCCAGAACUGGAGUUACACCUGUCCACUGUGCCGGGCUCCUGUCCAGCCUAGGAACCUGCGGCCUAAUUGGCAGCUGGCCAAUGUUGUGGAAAAAGUCCGUUUGCUAGGGCUUCACCCAGGAAUGGGACUGAAGGGUGAUAUAUGUGAGCUCCACAGGGAAUGGCUUAAGUUGUUCUGCAAAGAAGAUGGCCUAAUGAUGUGUGAGGCCUGCAGCCAGUCCCCAGAGCAUGAGACCCACAGUGUUGUGCCCAUGGAGGAUGUCGCCUGGGAGUAUAAGUGGAAACUCCAUGAGACUCUGGAACAUCUAAGGAAAGAGCAAGAAGAGGCUUGGAAGCUGGAAGUUGGCGAGAGGAAACGAACUGCCAACUGGAAGAUACAAGUGGAAACUCGAAAACAGAGUAUCAUUUGGGAGUUUGAGAAAUGUCGGCGAUUACUGAAGAAAAAACAGACACCAAGUCAGCAGCUAGAGGUGGAGGCGGCCGCAGCUCUGGCCAGCCUAGAGCAGGAGGAGGGAGAAACUAUGCAGAAACUGGAGUUGAAUCGUAAUAAGCUAGUCCAGCAGAGCGGGGUGCUAUGGAGGAUGAUUGCAGAGCUAGAAGAGAGGUCUCAGAGGCCUGUCCGGUGGAUGCUUCAGGGUAUUCAGGAAGUCUUAAACAGGAGCAAGACCUGGAGCCUACAGCGGCCAGAACCAGUCUCCCUGGAGCUGAAGACAGAGUGCCGUGUACUGGGACUAAGAGAGAUCCUGAAGACAUAUGCAGCUGAUGUGUGCCUGGAUCCAGACACUGCUUACUCCCGCCUCAUUGUGUCCAAGGACAGAAAAAGCGUGUGCUAUGGAGACACCAAGCAGAAACUGCCUGACAAUCCUGAGAGAUUUUACCGCUACAAUAUUGUCCUGGGCAGCCAGUGCAUCUCCUCAGGCCAGCACUACUGGGAAGUGGAAGUGGGAAACCGGUCGGAAUGGGGCCUAGGAGUGUGCAAGGAAAACGUAGACCGCAAGGAGGUAGUCUAUUUAUCCCCCCACUAUGGAUUCUGGGUGAUAAGGCUGAGGAAGGGAAAUGAGUACCGAGCAGGCACUGAUGAAUACCCCCUCCUGUCCUUGUCAGUACCUCCACGCCGGGUAGGGAUCUUCCUGGAUUACGAGGGCCAUGAUAUCUCCUUCUACAAUGUGACUGACAAUGGCUCCCACAUUUUCACUUUCCCCCACUACCCUUUCCCUGGGCGCCUCCUGCCCUACUUUAGUCCUUGCUACAGCAUUGGAGCCAACAACACUGCUCCUCUGACCAUCUGCAACCUGGAUGGGGAAGACUAAGACAGUCACCAUCCUAACCAGAGACCUUGGAACUUUGCCUGACCCACAGCAGUCUUGGAGAACUCUGCCACUGACAAGUGUCCCUUAAACUGAGCUGAGCCUAAAAUCUAGGGAUUCCUCUGCCUGAUCCAGUGUUCUCUUGCUUUUAGGAUGAAGUCUGUCACUAAACUACUCAUGUAAACAAGUUGUGGCUGAUGGUGUGGAUCAGAGCAGUUCUAAGAUACUUUGUUGGUGUAAGGGUCAGGGAUUUGUCCAUUCUGUAAUUCAUGCCCCUCUCUCCUGGUCCCUAUCCAGUGCCAUAGUUAGUCAUUGAGGAUGAUGAAGUUGAUACAACCUCCAGGAAACCCGUUGGAUAGGAUUUUUUUAACCAACAAGCUAAAGGAAUAUUGUCUAUAUUCAGAGCUGGUUGCUGUGCUCAUACCAGUCAGAGGAUGCUUCACCUGAGCUUUGCUACUACUGACCAAACAAUAUUUGACUCUAGCUCUCUGACUUCCUGACUAGAUAAGCGCAGUGCAGCGAAGAAUAUAGGACUUCUCCAGGCCCCAGUCUGAGCACCAGCUGGACAAAUCAUUUUGUGUGAGACUCUAAGGAGACCUGUUUCCUAGUCCUGCCUCUUUCUCUAAAUGGCAGGAUCAGAAAACCUGUGAGCCUUAGGUUUUGAUUUUCACUUUAUGGAUGAGGAAACUGGAAUGACCUUAAGGCAGGAAAUUGUUUUUCACAAAGCUGUUAAAGAUGAUUAUAAAGCAUUCUCCACAUUCAGAUAAAAUAAGAUAGGCAAAUUCUCUUCUUAGGUCACAUAUCUGCAUGUCAUUCAUUACAUUUGAGUCUCAAACAUCUCAUGUUUGAAAGCUCUUAAGUUUCCUCAUUGGAAAAAUGAAUAUAAUAACUGCAUACUCCCCUACCUCACAGGGUUGAUGUGUGGAUCACAGAUUUAUCCUAUACUUCUGCUCCUUUCUCAGGGAUAGAGGAAGACAAACCAUGGAUCUUGAAUGUGGUAACCUUCUCAUCUCCCCAUUGUAUAGUCAGCAUCUUCACAGCAGUGCCUUUGUUCCCUAGGGCCUGUCCUGACAGUCCAGAGCCCUUUAGACAAAAAGGUACCCAUACCAGUGGCAGACCCCGGGCUACAGUGGUAUAUUGUGCAUCUGAUUAUAUGUGUUUGUCUUUGGACUAGAAUGGGGACUGUAACCCCAGGGAAGAGAACAAAAAUAAUAAAAUGGGAAGAGGAAAAGAAA